CUCCUUUUAAGGCUUUAACCCUUCCCUCCUUACCACUUUCCCUCAUUUUCUUUCUAACCCUCACAAUCUCUUUUCGCCAGCUGAAUUUCUACUCUCGCCUCCCUCUGCGAUUCCCUCUUUCUUCCUCUAAACUACAAACCUCAAUGUCUAGUGUUGCUCGAGUCUCCGCUCGUUCCACGCAGCCGCAUCCUCCUACUUCUUCUGCUGCCGUGUCAGCACCAGCUCCGUCGGGUACUUCUGUUGUUCCACCGAUACGCCGCCACCUGGCUUUCGCCUCGACGAAGCCGCCAUUUGUUCAUCCUGAUGAUUACCAUAGAUUUUCCUCUAAUAAUACUAACAAUAAUCUAGCCAAUUCUAGUAAUACUCGUGGAAUCAUCGCCGAUCAAGAAGUUGAAGCGAUUGUGGUGAGAUCCACUCCGUUAAAAAGAAAGAGCACAGUGGAGAACAAGGAAGUUGAACCUAGCCAAUGGACAAAUAGUCCUGGAAUUACCAACAUAUCCAAUAGUCCAUUCCAGACACCUGUAUCUGCAAAAGGAGGAAAGAUGAAUAGUAGAUCAAAGGCCAAUAAGUCUACUUCUCAAACACCUGUGGCACAUGCUAGUUCUCCAUCUCCUCUUACUCCUGCUGGUGCUGGCAGCUGCCGUUAUGACAGUUCUUUAGGUUUCUUGACAAAAAAGUUCAUCAAUCUCAUAAAGCAUGCUGAAGAUGGUAUCAUUGACCUAAAUAAGGCUGCAGAAACGUUGGGGGUGCAAAAGAGAAGGAUAUAUGACAUAACAAAUGUUUUGGAAGGCAUUGGUCUUAUUGAAAAGAAGCUGAAAAACCAAAUUAUUUGGAAGGGCGUUGAUGAUUCAAGACCAGGAGAAGCAGAUAUUGAUCUCUCUGUAUUACAGGCAGAAAUUGAAAACCUUACCAUGAAAGAGCACGCAUUAGAUGAUCAAAUAAGAGAAAUGCAGGAAAGAUUGCGGGAUUUGAGUGAGAAUGAAAACAAUCAGAGGUGGCUUUUUGUGACUGAAGAAGACAUCAAGGGUCUACCUUGUUUUCAGAAUGAAACCCUGAUAGCAAUUAAAGCCCCACAUGGAACAACUCUGGAAGUACCUGAUCCUGAUGAAGCAGUCGACUACCCACAAAGGAGAUACAGGAUGAUCCUUAGAAGCACAAUGGGUUCCAUUGAUGUUUACCUUGUCAGCCAAUUUGAGAAGUUUGAAGAGGUGAAUGGUGUUGAGCCACCGGCAAGAGCCUCACUUGCGUCAAGCUCUGGUUCUAACGAAAACCAAGUUGAGGUCAAUGUGGAUGGCACCAGAAAGGAAAUUGAACCACAGGCAGUGCAAACUCAUCAAAUGAGCUGUGAUGUUAAUGGUUCACAGGAGUCUGUUGGGGGAAUGAUGAGAAUUGUUCCUUCGAGUAUUGAUAAUGAUGCAGAUUAUUGGCUUCUAUCAGAUGCUGAUGUUAGCAUAACAGAUAUGUGGAAGACAGACUGUGCUGAAUGGAGUGGGGUAGAUAUGCUUGAUGCUAAUUUUGGCAUGGUUGAUAUCAGUAUCCCAAGACCCCAAUCCUCACCAUCCACGAUGGUUGAAGUGCCAUCUUCUGCUUUUAACUCUAAUCAUAAGUAAAAUUAGUUUUCCUAACCAAGUACUAUAAACUAUACCCCUAUCUUUGAUUAACAUGGAUCACUGGAUAAAAAUGUGGUUGGUAACUUGGGGGGGGUUACAAUUAUUUGCACACUUGAGCAUUUUAUGAAUUAUUUACACAAAUUCAUGUGUUACAUUGUUGAAAUUGGGGGUUAGUCCGUUGGAUGAUACUGGGAUCACAUGGUUGACAUUGUCCACCAAAUCUGAUUAUAUACCAAUUAAUAGCCCUUGGUUGAUCUUGAAUCUGUUUGAAAUAUCAAAUCCAGCUAUAGCAAGUGUAGAUGUGUAGAAUUGAUGCAUUGAGAUGACAAUCAAUGAUGAUGAGGUUUUGUUUGAUCUAUAGAGAAUGACUUCU